CAGCGACACAGGGCUGCUGGCGCCUGCCACCGGCCUCCACCGCGACCAGCGCGCGACCACCGCGACCCGCCGCGACCCGCCGCGCACCACCCUCCAGCCGACCGCCGCGCCGCGAGCGAUCCAACGCGGAACCCUCCAGUUCUAAAAAUACAUAAUCGAUGUGAAUCCGUGCCAGGAGACGAAUUUGAGGUGUGAAGGUGUGUUUUAUCGAUACCCCGAGCGGCCAGGUGCAGCAGCUUACAGCUAGCAUGUCAGAGUGAAGAGCCCGUAGGCCGUAGCACGUAGAGGCAGGCGUCGAGUGCAGGUCGGUCGCCGGCGGGCGGCGGGCGCAUGGCGGCGAGUGGUGAGCGCCGGCAGCGCCGCGGCCCCGCGCCCAUCGCCUCCUUCGACCACGACGUCUCUGAUGAGUCGAGUCCAGAAACAAAACAAACGUUUCGUCUGCCAGAAAUUCGCGAGGAUCCCGCGUGUUCGAGCAGCACAGUCGCGGAGGAGGCGGGUCCGUCAGGCUCAGCGCUCGCACCGCCCGAGCAGCGCGCGCGCUCCCACUCGUCGCCCGCCGUGCACGCCGCGGUGCUGACCGCGCCCGUCGCGCCGCGCAUCGACAUCUCGCGCGCCUCCAGCUCCAGCCACCACGACUCGCGCGACAGCUCGCCGGAGCUGGCUCUGUUCGCGGGCACCGGCUCGGGGGAGGAAGCCCGCGCCAAAUUAGAACUCGGUUUCCGCGAGGACGGAGCUCUCGACCUGCGUUCGUCCACCGAGGAACUCGCCUUCUUGGAAGGCGCCCCCGGAAAUGGAAAUGGGGAAAUUCGCGCUCCCACCACCGCCCCUCCGUCGCGGCGACAUUCGCGAAAAGAUAGCCAAGGUUCAGAAACGGCGCUCCUGGCGGUCUCCGGUCGAACUAGCCGGCUGUCGAGCGUCGGCUCUCAAUGUUCGGCACACUCAGCUCUAUCAGGAUUCAGUCAUGCGAGUCGCGUAUCUCGACUUUCUGUCGUAUCGGGCGUGUCGCGCUCCCCUUCCCCGCAUAAAAUGUUACUCGAAACAUCUUUCUGUGGCCCGAAACCGAUCGAAACGGACCCUGAAAUUUGUGCAGCUGCGGUAGAAGAGAGAUUGCUAGAGAUUGCAAAAUUAUCGACGGAAGCCUCCGUUUUACCGGCGCCACCUGUAGAUGCGCGCGAUCGUCGCGAGGUACGGACGGAAGUAACAGUAGAGAGUUCAAGCGCGAGGUCAACUAGUAGCACGGCGCGUGUCGUUUCUCCAGUUCCACCUCCCACGACUCCAACCCCCACCCCUACACCAACGCCCACUCCUGCACCGACGAUCGCAUUGACGUCGACGGUGUCUUCAGGUGCGAUACCGAAACAGACGCCAGACACUCAACCUUCAACUGUUCCAGCUGAUGAAGAGAAACGGUUGAAGGAAACGAGAAAUCGCGCGCGAGUCGAACAACGUAAAGCUCGGUCGAAAGAACGACGUGAACAUUCUCAACCUGAAGUUUACAAGACCUCUAAUCGAUCAAAGGAUAUUAUUCGCAUUAAACUCAAACCGGACGACGAAUAUGAAGAUGAUGACGAUGAAAGUGAACGAACUGUAAUAAGCGGGGAGCCGGCUCGCAAGCCGGUCACUUUAGAGUUAAACGAUAAUUGCGUUCAAACAUUACGUGCGAAUGAAAUAUCAGUGAGUCCGCUGACGGCGCGACGGCCCCGCGACAGCCGUACGCCGUCUCCUAGUGGCGUACCUGUAUCUCGUAAAUCAUCAUUUUGUUCUUUAUUUAAAUCUCGCGAAACUAUAGCCUCUCCCGAUUCUCCAUCGGAUGCAUUAAAAAGAAAAAAGAGUCUAAACGAAGGUCGAUCUCGAAGUAAAAGCAGAGAUCGAUCGGUUACUCCAACUUCCGCUGCGAAAAUAAAAGGUUCAGUUUUAUCCCUUUUUAAAACACCUAGAAAGAGUGCAACAUCUCCUUCGCCGAGUUCCAGAGACGGCUCACCGAUUGUACAGACCCAACGACAGUUUCCCCAAACACCAGUCGACCGACAACGCACUGAGCGGCUAAAAUAUUAUGAAGAGUCGAAAGACGGUAUAAUUCACAUUCCUUUACGCACACCGCCCGAUGAAUUAGAUACGGCCAGUGACAAGAUAGAGCCUCCUUCGCGCGACGUUCCGCGACCCUCUUCUGCUCCGCAAGUGAGAUGCAUGCCAGAGCGGCCUGUUUCAGCCGCAUCGGCACCCUUGCCAAAACCGACACAGAGAACUGUUUUACCGGAUGGAAGUAUCAUUAUUCCAUUACAUUCCCCCACAGAAAAGACUCCUAGUAUUUCUAGAUCUCCAGAGAUUGAAACAGUACCACCGACUGCCGUAACGCAGACACCGAUCGUGACACCGAAAGAGGAUAAACGCUCACUCGAAGCCAAAGUUAGUAAUGUUCCAGAAAAUAUCACAAAACCUACAACUAACUACUUACCCGAUGAGUCUCCAGUGGGAAACGCUCCGACACCGAAUUCUGCUCGAGCGAAGCGCAAGGAGCGAAUCAUUUUUACCACGCACGUCGGGAGCAGGGAACAAGUUUUUAGUACACAAUUUAGCAUAACGAAAACGCCGAGCGUCACUAGCGAAAUAUCAGAAUCGAUCCCGAGCUUUCCGGACAGCGAGGAGAUGCGACCCAUCGUCAGAGAGACGGAAAUCACUACCGCGAACGUCGAAAUCGGCAUGAACGGGAUCAAAGAGAUGACGCAAAGGGAAGAAGAACCAAAAAUAGAAAAAGUGUCCAGUAUCGAGAGCGCCAUAGAAGCGGAGCGCUCGGCGCCGGGCACGCCGCAAGACACCGGCCGGGACUCGUCCGAGUCGGAGGGCGGGUCGGAGGUGCUGGCGCGCGGCGGCAGCGACGUGGAGCGGCGCGGGCUCGUGGUGCAGGAGUCGUUCGAGGAGCUGCCGUACGUGCCGACCACGCUGCCGCAGGAGCGCUCGCUGGGCGUGCCCAUCGUGCCCGUGCGCGAGCGCGGCGGCGUGCGCGUGGCCGGCGUGCAGCGGCCGCGCGCCACGCACAACGCGGUGAGCACGCUGGGGCGGGUGGCCGCGCCCAGCGCCGCGCCGCGCGACGCGCCGCACGAGCGCCUGCGCAUCCAGCUGCCGCGCCGCCCGCGCGCCGCCUCCGCCUCCGCCGCGCCGCCGCCGUCCGAGCGCACGCGCACUAGGAGCGGCAGCGAAGUGAGCGAGAGCCGCAAAGCCGAGUGGAUCGACUUCUCGGAAGUGCCGGAGCGGCGCAAGCAGCCGAAGCGCAUCCAGACGCUGCCGGCGCGCGCGCGCUCGCCCGCGCUCACCUACGCGCCGCCCGAGCACUGCCGCUGCGAGUGCCACGCGCACGCGCCGCCCGACGACGAGCUGCCGCUGCUCGACGACGCGCAACAGAUGACCGUCAGCUCGUCGUCGCUGGAGUGCGGCGAGGGCGUGCAGGUGAACGUGCACAUCGCUCCCUUCACCGCCGACCUCGACUUACACAACCAUGAUGAUAUGGGCCGGCCGCAAUGACCACAGGCGAGCGCACACGCCUUCCACGAACGAGAAAACGCGUUUUUACUUCUACUGAGAGUUUAAACUUUUAUAAAUAUUCUCUAUUGACUCAAACUGAGAUGUUAUCAUUUUUAAGAUGUAAAUUUACCCGUUAGAUAUAUAAUAUUAUAUUUAUAGCGUCGUUUGUAACUCCUAUUAGCUACCGUUGACCUUGCAUUUUCGAUGUUUAUUAAUGUUAGAUAUUAUUUCGAUUGUGCGAAUUAGCAAAUCUUUAGUCACCGUUCCGGUAUAGAAAUGGCGGAGUCGUCGUGAGAUUUUAUUGAAUCUCGUCAUUCGUCUUUCACUUUUUGUAUAAAACUUUCAACUUAUUGUAUUUUAUUCGUUAUUGUAGAUGUUAUAAAUAUCAUAAGAUUAUAUCAAAUAUAUUAGCUCAAUCAUUUCUAACCGGUCGGUUGUUUGCGGAGCGCUAGUGGCGCCCUCCUUGCGUAUCAUAGAAUCAUCUCAUCUGUGCGAAAUGAGAAGCCGCAGUUUGUAAUGUUUUCAAUUUUAGUUGCGCAGUUGUUUUGCCGAUUGGGACAAAUUUUAUCGUAGUUUAAUCUGGCUCAAUCUAAUUAAUCAUUGCUGCUUUUGAAGACUAAUUAGCUGUUUGUAAACACUAAAUUUCGUUUGAUUUUUUUUGUCAGAUGAAACUAGUAUCGAACUUUUAUAAUAGGUGUUUCUACUUAUAUCAAAUUGUUAUUAUAAAUGUUGGAUACCCCUAAAAGAAAUCUUUAUUUAUUCAUUUUAUAAAAUAACAAACACCGGUUAUUUUAACUGUUUCGAUCCUUUCAACUCUGUGAUUUUAUUAAAAGGAAAUUUAAUAUUAGUUACAUGUGAUUUGUGAAUGCUUAAUCGAAAAUUUUAAAAAGUAAACGAAACCUUGCUGAAAUUAUAUAAUUAGAAGUUGUUGUCACCCCCAUAUUGUGAUGUCUCGUAUGAAAUUAUUUAUACUUUCAAAAUCUUUUGCUAUACUUUUGCAGAAAUUCACAACUACAUUUGUAAGCUUUUGCGGAUCUUGUUAGCUUAUUAUAACAUUGUAAGAAAGUCGUAUAAAUAGUUUGGCCUUAUCUUGUCCUAUUGGAGCGUGAAUCGAAUAUCAAAUAGAUGUAAAAACAAUUUGAAUAAGAACCUAGAACCGUAAAUUAUAAACAACAAUAUGACGGAAUUGAGUCACUAGUCACUCAUAGCGAAGUACCAUUUAAUGCGAGUUUUUAUUAAACUACUUUCCGCACGCUCAUAGGUAGUUUUUACCAAUUAUUGACGACUAGCUAAUCAAAAAAGCAAUAAAACUGCCAAGUGUUAAAAUUGUAUUAAAUUCGCCUUCACUUGUUCAUUAUCGUUAAUUCGAGUUUAGUUAUUAUUAUUAAUAUUAUGUAAUUAGCUUUACAUUUCCUUUAAGUAGUCCUUAAAGUAGUCCUUUUCACCUAAGAUGAUUCCUGUGACAUAUCGAUUGUUGACACGUGUGGAGAUUGCCUUUACUGAAAUCGUAUCAAUUUUUUCCGAUAGUCGAUAAUAUUUUAUAUGGAAAUGAAAUCGAUUUGAUUAAAGGACCAAAAUCAGUUAUUUCGGCAUUUCGCCAACAAUUAACUACCUAAGGAAUCUUAGCAAACAACAGAGACAUAAAGUGAACAAUAACAAUUAGUUAUAAUAUUAACAGAAUACCGCGUAAAGUAUCAAUCUGUGGUAUCAAUAUAAAAAUGCUACAAAGCUGACGGACUCAUACAGACGAUUGACGCGAUUGAUCACAAGAUGGGCGUCGAUUACAUGAUUU